UUCAGAAUUGAAGAAUCGUGGGAUGGAAAUCGUACUUAAGCUAUGACUACUUCGUGGUCGGCCUACUCAGAAUGUCAGUGUUUCAUCAGUACUUGUUUUACGUUAAGCCUUAGAAAAAGGCAGUCCAAUUAUUUUUUUAAUCAGUUUCCUUAUCUAUCGUCUAUUUAUGUCAGCAUUUCAUCAGUCCGCGGGUCACAUUAAGGACGUGAUGGCAACAGUAGGACAAGAAUACUUAUUAUUCCAGAGACAUUUAAAAUCUUCAAAACACUGUUUUGGCAUGCAUUUGUACUUACGGUCAGCACAUAAAGGAGCAAAACCUUUUCAUGACAUUCCAGGUCCAGUCAGAUUACCAUUGUGGGGAAACUUGCUUCAUUAUAAGCUGGGUGCUUUUGAUGGCAGAAAGUAUCACAAAGUUUUAGAACGUCUGCAUGAGCAGUAUGGGCCAAUUGUUAGAGAAGCAAUAGGAUCCAGAACAGUUGUGCAUGUUUUUGAUCCAGAUGACAUAAAGGAAGUGUAUGCGAAUGAAGGGCACACCCCAUUUGUGGCGCCUUUAAUGGAGACAGCCCAGUUAUAUAGAAAGCAGAAAAACAUUUCACUGGGCUUAGGUAAUGUCAAUGGAAAGGAGUGGUACCGUUUACGAAGCUCCGUCCGUCACCUGAUGUUAAGGCCACAGGAAGUGCAUGUAUACUUUCCUGCUGUACAGGAAAUUGCAAAAGAUUUUGUCUCUCAUUUAGAAAAUAUCCUCCUUGUUGAUGGAAAAGUUGAAAAUCUAAGAGAUGAAGUAUCAAAAUGGGUUCAAGAGUCUGCUGGAGCAAUCUGUUUUGGAAGGAGACUAGGUUGCCUAUAUGGCGGGGAAAUGGAGAAAAUGGCACAGAAAAUAAUUGAUGCCAACAAAGAAGUGUUUCAGUUGUCAGCCAUUCUAAAAUUUUCACUGCCUAUGUACAAAUAUUUUCAUACUCCAAAGUGGAAGAGGAUAACAGAGGCAGAAAACUUUAUUUACAGGACAACAGAGAAAUAUGUUGAAGAAACCAUCAAUAAAGUGAAAACAUUACUUGAAAUGGAGAACAGAGUGGAAGAAAAAUAUCAAUUUAUUAUGCAAUUACUUUCAAAAGACACCCUGAGCAAAGAUGAUGUCAUAAUUGUCACAUUUUCUUUAUUUACUGAUGGACUGAGUACAACUGUUCCAGCUCUGUUGUAUAAUCUCUACUGCUUAGCAACAAAUCCUGAGGUACAAGACAAAGCAUAUAGUGAAAUCAAAUCAGUUCUCAAGGAAACUGAUGAAAUAACAGUUGAUGUUCUUAACAAAUUGCCUUACAUAAAAGCAAUUGUGAAAGAAACUUUCAGAUUUUAUCCAAUUGGAACUGAGGUAUCAAGAAUAAUUCAGAAGGAUCUCAUUCUGUCUGGUUAUCAUGUCCCAAAAGGUACACAUGUAGAUCUUACUCCAAAUGUACAUUUCCUGUCUGAGAAGUAUUUUAAGGAUGCAAGAAUAUAUCUCCCAGAUCGAUGGCUCAGAGGAAAUGGAAAUACAAGUUAUCAUCCUUACCUGCUGACUCCUUUUGGACAUGGUACAAGAACUUGUGCAGGUCGUCGGUUUGCUGAACAAGAUCUCUACCUAAUUUUAUUUUAUAUUCUACAAAAAUUCAAACUGGAGUAUCAGAGUAGUAGCAAACGGCUUGAGCAAGUGUUUGAAACCCUACUUUUUCCUGAUGGCUCAGUGGAUGUCAUCUUCAAACCAAGAAGUAAUUAUGCUUGAACAUGUGUGUAAAAAAAAAAAAAAAAAAAAAAAAAAAAAAAAAAAAAAAAAAAAAAAAAAAUCUUAUUUGUAUUCAGUACUUGUGAUGAUAAUUACUUACAUAAAACUGUGUGAAAGGAGAUGAGCAUAGUUAUGUUUCAAAACUUACAUUGCUGUAUGAUUUUCUUAUUAGUGUCUAAAUGAUUAUGCUUUCACCAGCUGAUUGUUAAUUUAUUCCUCCUGCAUACCCAACUGCAACUGAAAGAUUGUUGACAUUCCACAUGAUGCUUUUACUUUGUGCUUUGACAUACCAUGUAAGUGGCAUUAAAAUGGUGAUCCUUGUGUGGUCAAAUAAUGAUGAUCGUGAGAUGUAUCACAGCGUGCAAUGUAACUAAUUUCUAAAGAACAAUAAUGUCUCACUUGACAAUGGCUACAAAGCCAAAAUUGCAAUAGAAGGAGUAAGAUAACAGUCAAAUGGUGAAAACAUCAGUUAGACGAUUACUGAUAUGUUAAUGCCAAGAUUGAUGUAUUAGUUAGAAUUCAUGUACCUCUUUGAAUAUUGUUCUGAAAUAAAUUGUGGAUUACUCAGAAUGGGGAAACAAUCCCCUUCAGAGGACAUCAACUGAUACCAACACAACUUAAAAAUAAAUUUUAUAAUUAGAUUCUUUUUA